AUGCAGGUUUCCUUUGUUCGAGCUGCAUGGACCCGGCGAUCUCGAGGUGAGGCUGCAAAAAGACCGAGUAAGAAAUCAUGGGGUCAACGAACAGAUAUGUUUCUCAGGCCAUUUUUACUUGUUUUCUUCUCAAAGCGAUUUAUCCAUGCCAAAGUGAUGCACCGGGGUACCAGCAAAGUAAUAUCUGCGGCAAGCACAAACGCCAAGGAUUUGAGAUUUUCAUUGCCGUCGCUUAUUGAUGACGAUGCUUGUCGAGGUAUAGGAAACCUGAUUGCAGAAAGAGCCAGGGAUGCUGCUAAUGUAUUUGCAAUGUCUUUUGAGCCCAAAAAGCAUGAGAAGAUUGAGGGUAAGCUGGGACUUAUUCUUGAUACAAUUAAAGAGAAUGGUAUCAUUUUUGUUUAGGACCUGUCAACAACUGUUAGUUCAUAUCUGUAUCAAUCUCUCACUAUCUCUUAGAUAUUUAUAUGCGCUCGCACUGGAUUGAUUGUCUGAUAUUAAAGAGCUGUAAAAGUCAUACUCUCCUUUCUCCUAUUUCAGUAAGGU